CUUAUGAGAGAGAGAGAGAGAGUCAGAGAGAGAAGGGAAAAGGUUCCUAGAAGAAGGCUAUAAACAAAUGCUGUAUUAUUUAUAACUCUAUAUAUAUAUAGACAAGUGUAUAUUAAUUACAUUGAAAAAGUUUUUUCUCCCUGCGAGUAGAAGAAAAGGGCAAAGACAAAUACAGAGGAGAGACUUUUAGAGAGAGAGAGGGGGGGAGUUUGUAAUUAGUCAAAUUAUUUCAGGAUUUGCUGGAUUGUUGGGUCGAAGCCAUUCGUUCUGUUCUGGCUAUCACCAUCACUGUCAACUUGUACAUCUUUUACUUCCUACAACCAGUCUUUCUCCCUCCCUCUCUCUCUAAACACUCUCUUCGAAGAAUCUCCUUUCAUUCGAGUUCUUUCCCCUGUGAGUUUGUUGAGAAAGCUCCAAGCUGCUCAAAACCCAAUUUUUUUCUCUGUGAAUUGUGAUCUCCUUUUCUGGCUCUGUGCUCAUCUGGGUGUUUGUAAUUGUUGUUCUAAAGAUGACUGUAGAAGAAAUCAGAGGAAGUUUGGGGAGUGAAAAUAGGAACAGUGAUAAAUUUCCGGUGGGUAUGCGUGUUCUUGCAGUGGACGAUGACCCCACUUGUUUGAUGCUAUUGGAUGGUCUGCUCCGGAAAUGCCAGUAUCUGGUUACAACAACCAGUCAGGCGAAAACAGCAUUGAAGAUGUUGAGAGAAAAUAGAAAUAGAUUUGACCUAGUUAUAAGUGAUGUGCAUAUGCCAGACAUGGAUGGUUUUAAGCUCCUGGAGCUUGUUGGUCUAGAAAUGGACCUACCUGUCAUCAUGUUGUCGGCAAACGGUGAUUCCAAACUUGUAAUGAAAGGGAUAACUCAUGGUGCUUGUGACUACUUGGUGAAACCAGUUAGAAUAGAAGAGCUCAGAAACAUAUGGCAACAUGUAAUCAGGAGAAAGAAGUUUGACCCGAAGCACCAAAACAAAUGCACUAGUGAAGACAAGGCUCGCCAGGGAAGUGGAGAAGGUGGACAAGGGCCUCCACUGACAGGCAAUUUAGAUCAGAAUGGUAGGUCCAAUAGAAAAAGGAAGGAUGAGGAAGACGAGAGUGAAGAUAAUGGACACGAGAAUGAGGACCCAUCAACCCAGAAGAAGCCUAGGGUUGUUUGGUCAAUAGAGCUUCACAGGAAGUUUGUUGCAGCUGUUAACCAAUUGGGCAUUGAAAAAGCUGUUCCUAAGAGGAUUCUUGACCUGAUGAACACUGAAGGGCUUACUAGGGAAAAUGUGGCAAGCCAUCUCCAGAAAUAUAGGAUUUACCUGAAAAGAAUGAGUUCUGUGGCAAGCCAACAAGCUAACAUGGUUGCUGCAUUAGGAGGUAAGGAUUCCUCUUAUAUGCGCAUUGGUUCUCUAGAUGGACUCGGAGAUUUUCGAACAUUGUCUGGGUCAGGAAGGCUUCCGAACACUGCCUUAUCAUCGUAUCCAGCAAGUGGGAUGCUUGGUAGAUUUAAUACCCCUGCUGCUGUGAGCCUUCGUAGCCUCACUUCCUCUGCAUUGAUCCAACCAAGUCAUGCCCAAAACUUUAGCAACUCCAUCAAUACCCUUGAGAAGUUCCAGCCUCUUGUUUCACCUGAUAACCAAAACACAAGUUCAUUUCAAGGGAUCCCUUCAUCACUGGAACUUGACCAGUUGCAACAGAACAAUCGCACUACUGGCAUUCAAGAGUUCAAUUCUAUUAAUAAUCCAACUAAUUUUGUUGCUGCUAAUACAUUGACGAACACCAGAAUUGCAGUUGGUAGCUCAAGCAACUCUUUACCCAGUGCCUCUAACAAUCCUUUGAUGCUACAAGGGAACUCACAACAAAUACAAAGUGGGGGAGGAUUUGGAGAUCAGUCUUAUAUCAAUAUGGCUUCUUUCGCCUCGGGGCCUUCUGACAUUGGUGUCAGUGGUUCCUCUAACUUUCGGGAUCAUGGUAGAUAUAAUGAGAACUGGCAGAAUGGCAUUCAACUAUCGAAAUUUCCACCAAAUUCUUUGCCACUGAAUGAAGCUUUCAAUCAUAAUCAGUUGUCUGAUCGCUUGAGAGAAAAUGCUUCCACAAGUGGUCCUCAUAUCCAGAACAGACCGCUUGAUUUUUCUUCUACCUGUACAGUUUCUGCACCUCUGGAGGAUUCAAGAGGAGAGAUGCAAUCCCAAGCAGGUUUGGUUGGUGAUAUUGUUCAGAAUAUGAACCGAGCAUCAAAUCAAAGGUGGGAAGAACAUAAACAGGAUUACACCUACAACUCAAAUCAUAUUUUCAGCUCCUCAAAGUCUAUGGUUCCUUCCAGUGCAGUCGUGGGUCACUUGAGCCAGAGUUUGGAUCGAAAUAACUGUAGUAGAAAGAUGGAUGCGUCUUUUGUUGGCCUGUCAAAUAGCAGCACUUCAACUCUAAUGCAGCAUUGCGAGGUUGAGAAAUCAACUAUGGGCUCAAAGAUGAGGCUGAACCAGGACUACCUUGUAGAUCAAACAAAGUCGCAGGGUGCUUUUGUUCCUCAAAGCUAUGACUCCUUGGAUGUUCUAAUGAAUGCAAUGAUCAAACGGGAACAGAGGACGAUGUUAAUGGAUGGAGAAUUUGGAUAUGAUGCAUAUUCUUUUGGGUCAAGUAUAUGAAACACGGUAGCUGAUAAUAUGUAGAGAAGAGAAAGGGCCGGUCUGCAUAAGUUAUUCCAUGAGGAUGAGGAGUUUGUGCCAAAUGUAAUUUCUUCUGUAUUUUGCUUGUGUAUCCUCGAGAAAAAUUUAUCCCCUGUUUCCAAAGUUCUAAUUUUCAUGGUUGCAGUUGCUAAUGCCAAGUUUGUUUCUACUUAGGUUUUUAAAUGUCUGAACAACCACUUUGUCGUCUUGGUGGAACAAUGCCACCAAAAUAUCUCAAAGUCUUGAGGGAAUUAUUCUAUUUUUGUUUUGUAGUGCUUCCCUAACCAAAUAAAAUGCAUUUGAAACAUUUUUUAUUUUUUA